UACUACGAUGCUUCUAAACAAUGUCAACGUGACGGUGGCACACUUGUAUCUAUCUAUAAUAAAAAGAAAAAUGACCUUAUCACUCAAAUGGCUAGAAAAGCGGGCUCUUUAGUUUGGUUAGGGAUAAAAUGUCCACAUUCUUAUCGACAUCACUGUAUUUGGGACGAGAGUCAAGCUCAUCUUCAAGACUAUUCUGUGUUCUUCCAUGACCAUUCUAAAAGCGUGCCUCCCCGCCCCGUCGACGUUGCCGAGAAGUAUUCCAGGUUUUUGAUUGAGUUAACGCCGCAGUUUGGACAAAUAGGUAACCCAAACAGUAUUGGUGAAUGUGUAAUGAUGAUGAUUGGUGAACUUGCUAAUGGAAAAUGGGUUAGUGCCGAUUGCAGAUACAUGCGAGUUGCUUUCGUUUGUCAAGUUGCAAGAAAAAAACUUUGCGGUGAUUAUCGUGAGUACGCUAAAGGUGGUAAAUGCUACAAACGAAUUCACCAACGUUUAUCUUUUGAUGAAGCCGAGCGUUACUGCCAACAAGAAUGCGGCCACCUCGCUUCCAUUCAUAACGCUGAGGAGAACGAGAUUUUUCAUGAAAUGUUCGACUAUAAGGGAGACUACGGUAGACUUGGCUUAAAGCAAUCAAAUGACAAUUUUUCGUGGACGGACAAUACGACUUUCGACUACAACAAUUUUGGAGUCAACAAUACAAAACUCGGCGAUUGCGUGGCUAUGUCGCUAGCUGAUGAGAUAGUAAACGCCACGCAAUGGAUCAACGUUCCAUGUGAUCAAGGACUCCCAUUUGUAUGUCAAAAAGUUCGAGGAGCAUGUUUCAAUACAACAACGAUUUCCGAAGUACCACCUCCAACAAUGGCUCCAACUACUUGUGAUCAACCACAAUUUUUCGAUCGAAAUGGCACGGUAAUCCAACUCGUUCCUUGA